AUGAGUCAUGUAGAAGGAUGCCAUGUCAGAGAAAGCUUUCUGGAAAGGGUUUUUGGAAAUCCAGUGGAAUUUUUUAUAGUUAAGGGUUUGAUAGUUUUUACAUCCAACUCCAAAGACAAGUUACACAAUGACGUCGAAAAGAAAACUCCUGAUGAAAAGAAGAAGGGGCGAGUGAAAUCAAGAAAUGGAGAAAAUAGAUCUUUCAUUCCUCUCUUUAGAGAGCCAAGUAGCAUUGAGAAAAUCUUGGGCGAAGUUGAUCAAUUAUUGUAUAUCGGACAUCCUACACCUGUCCACCAACCACAACCACCACCGCCACCGGAAUCUAUACAUUCCUUCAGGCCGCCCUCUCCAAGGGUUGGUGGCUCUUAUCGAGCCGCCUCUCCUAAGGCGGCUUCCCCACGAAACUCCCCUCCUAGGGCAGCUCAUCGUCAGACAGAAAUUGCGUAUAGACCGGAGCCAACCGUAAGACAACACCAUCUUUCAGCUACCAUAAUCCAAGCCGCCUAUAGAGGUUAUAUGGCAAGGAGGAGUUUUCGAGCUUUGAGGGGUCUAGUGAGGCUACAAGGAGUGAUAAGAGGCCAAAACGUGAAGCGACAAACAAUGAACGCCAUGAAACAGAUGCAAUUGUUGGUGAGAGUCCAAACUCAAAUUCAAUCACGAAGAAUUCAAACGCUGGAAAAUCAAACACUUGAACGCCAAACUUACAAAAACGAAAAGGAAGUGGAAAAUUCAAUCGGGAAAUGGACCUUCAGUAACCUACUGGAAAUGGGGGAUGAACACUGGGACGAUAGUUUGAUAACAAAAGAAGAACAAGAAGCAAGAAUGCAGAGAAAAAUGGAAGCAGUGAUCAAAAGAGAAAGAGCCAUGGCGUAUGCAUACUCCAAUCAGUUAUGGAAAGCGACACCGAAAUCAGCUCAAACCGCUCUGACGGACAUCCGAUCCGGCGGAUUUCCAUGGUGGUGGAACUGGUUAGAACGUCAACUUCCGGCCGAUGAAACUCAGAUUAAGAACCGGAACCCUGAAUUAACACCUACACCACCACGAACAAAUCUCGAUCGGAAAACAAGCCCACGUCCUCAAUCAAGCAUCUUCAAACAGAGCAACUUUUCGUUUGAGAAUCUCGACACGCCGACGCCUAAGUCAUCACGAUCAAUGGUUCCGACGAGGGGGAGACCACUCAUGACUCCGACGCGAACUCCACCGUCGACCACCCCAAACCUAAUGAAAUACUCCAAACCAAAAGGCAGUGCCGCCGGUUCUCCUUACCCGAUGAAAGACGACGAUAGCUUGAUGAGCUGCCCGCCGUUUUCGGUUCCGAACUACAUGAGUCCGACGGUGUCUGCUAAAGCUAAAGCGAGACCGACGGGGAAUCUGAAAGAUCGUACGAUGAGCGCGGCGGCGAGCGAGACGUCGUCGAAACGGAGGUUUUCGUUUCCUUUAACGCAGAACAUUGGGGCGUCGUUUAAGUGGAAUAAGAAGUCGUCGAGAAAGGAUUCAACGGCGUCGCAGGCUCCGAUGGUGUUGGAAAAGCAUAAAUCUCCACGGUCGAUUGGGGAUUUGAGUAUGGAUUCCGCCAUUUCUAUGCCGGCGGCGUUUGGGAGGAGACCGUUUAACAGAUUUGUGUGAUUUUUUUUUUGUUUUGUCGAUUUUUUCAUUUCAAAUAUUGGUGGGUUUUGAUUUUUUUUUUUUUAAAUUGGUUGGUAAAAUGAGUGUAUGUUCCUCUACUACAUAUUGGUUGAUUAUAUAAUAUUUUGAUGUAUGAUAAUAAAAAAACAACUGUUUUGUGUGAAAAUA